UUUAUGAAGGCAUCAUUCGCAGAAAAUAAUCAACAAGUAAAUGUUCUUCGUCAAGAAAUAUGUCAUAUCAAAAGCCAACUCAAAGAAGUCACGAACUUAAUCCAACGACUCAAUCAAACUUUAUUGAAGGAUCCGUCACCUAGUUAUUAA